CCCAUCAAUGGAUUGAUCCAAUAAUAGAACUCCUUAUUUGAAAACACCACGGAUGAAGGAUGUAAUUGUCAAUGGGCACACAAUUAAAGUUAAGUUUUGUGAAACUUGCUUGCUGUAUCGUCCUCCACGAGCUUCACAUUGCUCAAUCUGCAACAACUGUGUGCAGAGAUUUGACCAUCACUGUCCAUGGGUGGGCCAGUGUAUUGGACAACACCAGAACAACUUCUGUUCCACUGAACCUCCAUUCUUGUCUUUGUACUUUCAGACAACUUAUGAGAAUUUCAGAUACCGGUAUGAUAAGAUGGAAAAUCCCUUUAAUAAAGGCAUAUCAGGGAACUUCAGGGAGCUGUUCUUCUCCAAAUUGCCUCCAGCAAUGAUCAAAUUUCGAGCAUGGACUACAGAAUACGAUGAUCAGUCAGUAAUUUCCAGUUUUCGAGAUUAUGCUGGAGGUUUCAUUAGUUCCAAAGAGAAAUUUGACAAAGAAAUGGGUGGCAAGCAUGACAAGGAUGGCUUAGUCCCUGCACGUAUUUUACAGAUUAUGGAUUACUGUGAUGCUGAUGAUGGUCUGAAGAAGGGUGAUGGUUAUGAUCCAUUCUUCCAUGCUACUAAUCAGGAACCCCAAAAUUGACAAAGAUUCUCUACUACUGAAUGAUAGGUCCCAAAUGGACUACAUUGCUGAUAAAAAAUUAAGGUAAAC